AUGGAAGACUUCUCUCAGUAUUUGUCAGGUGAAGGGCUUGAAAAUUUGGAAAAAGCUCGGCAUCUAGAGGAGGAAGAGAGUCUCAGGGACCCACCAGAAGAACCGUACAAGUCAAAGUAUGCGGCAAGAGCAUUGCUCAUUGUUGUCAAAGCCAACUUGGUUAGUUUCGUCAAUGACACGGUGCAAGACCAAGUUCGGUUUGCCGCAGCCGGUAUUGAGGCGGCCCUAGGUAUAAACUUCGUGUCGACAGAGGAGGCAUCUGCGGGUGAGGAACAUAUCACGAACUGCCUAAAGAUGCUAGAUGGAAGAGAAGCAGAUCGCCGUGCCUGUCUAACUGCACUGAAAGCGUUGAACCAACUGGGCAUAUUAUGGGCAGACCGAGGAGAAUGCAGUAAUGCACUCGAGUACUUGUCACAAGCAGAAAAUCUAUACAUAAAGUAUACGGACGAAGUUGGGGCACCACCGUUCGACUUGUGUGACAUAUUUAAAGGCACCGACGCGGAGACUUUCUCGCAGCAAGGACAGAAACUGUUUGAUCGGUGUCACACCCACACGUUAUACUAUCUGGCUCAGGUCCACCAUAACUUGGAGCAGCCACAGCAGUCCGCCUACUACUGUCAGGUCACGCUGAAGCGGCAGCUGAUUUUGAAUGAGUAUGAUCCCGCCGACUGGGCGCUCAACUGCGCCGUGCUCUCGCAGUUCUACGUCGCCAAGUGCGACUUCACGCAGGCGCGUCACUGCCUGGCGAGUGCGAGCCACGUCAUGGGUCAUGCCGAGAGGUCGCCGCCGUCGUUGGGCGAGGGCGAGUCGGAUGAGGCGCACGCGAAGAAGCUUGCCGACAUCGCGCGCUGCUGGGCGAAGUACUGCGCCGCACUGCUGCAGGAGUCGCGCGACCGCGUCGCCGCCGACCUCGACGACGACGACGACCUCCAGCCGACGAAGGAAUCGGCCGACGACGACGACGACAAGGAGAGGUUCGUGUUCGACACGCUUGAGCUAACGCACUACGAGGAGGAGGUGACGGACGUGCGCGUCGCGAACUUCGAGCAGGCGCGCGGCGUGUUCCUCGUCGCGCAGCGGCGGCUCGCAGACGCGCGCGAGUUCUACUCGCUCUACCACCACGCGUCGGACUAUGCCGAGCUCGCACGCGACUCCAGCCUGCUCUACAAGCUGCUCGCGUUCUUUGAGCCGGACUUUGAGCGCAAGUCGAAGAUGCACAAGCGGCGCGUCGAUGCACUGUGUGGAGUGCUCGGCGAGCUCAACCCGCGCCACUACCUGCUCAUCUGCCGGCAGCUGAUGUACGAGAUCGCCGAGGCGUACGGCGAGAUGCUCGACAUUAAGAUGGCGAUCGUCGAGGAGCAUCAGACGACGCCGUCGCCUCACGCCGUCAGGAAGAUCAACUCGCUCUGCGCCGAGUGCAUUCGCAAUUUCGAGUUGUUCCUCGACUCGUUUAAGACGAACGAUGUGAUGCCAGAACAGUUUGACAGCGAUAAUGUUCGUCCGGUGCUGAUAGCUUACUUCUACAUGGGCCGCAUGCAUUCGAAAGUCAUCGAUUCCGACGUUCACAAAAGAAUCGAGUAUAUUGAGAAGAGCAUUGACUGCUAUCAGUUCUUGGUUAGUUAUUGUGAAAAGUACCCAGAAGUGGAAAGUUUGGUGAAAGGUGAAUAUGACGUUUGCAAAGAAAUGGUCACACUCUUGCCAGUGAAGAUAGAGCGAUUACGUAGACCCUAGUCAUUAACUGUGUGAUUGUACGGGUAAUUCAUUACAGUGAAUAUUUUUAAUGCUACUCCAGCAAUAUUAAGAUAAACAGAAGAGACAGUGUUACAGUAUCCAGAGUUCUUCCCGUGAGUUCCUGAAGGCAUGUCGGGCAAUUCAUUGCCAAUUGCUAAUUGAAGUGCUAAUUAAAGCAUUUCGUAAACGGUCCCAAUACACAGGUAAACUAUCAGUUCGGAGACGUAUAUGUCAAGCUGUUAAAAUGAUCGUUUCUCAAAUAAAUAAAUACAAAAAUAAAAAAUUUAGACAGAUUUAGCACCUGUCAGUGUACAUGCAACUGAUGGUAUCCCGGUUUAUGCCUGGUUGGCCUACUCCCGUUUCGCCUAUGGGGGAAUUCCCAUUGCGUCUAUAGCAGAACUCCCAGUUGGUCUACACCCAUUUCGCCUGCUCCCAAUUCGUCUACACUAAAAUUCCACCCCAUUCCCAUUUUGUCUACCAUC